AUGACCCAACUCCUACCCCAAAGUCUCCUUGCUCAGGGGCUUCCCUUGAUCUCUCGUGAUGCUGACUCCAAGCCGUGGAGCCUCUCUGAUCGAGGGUACUACGACAUUACUCCCCCCAGCGAGAUCUCGGAGACGGAAGACGCAUUCCCUCACCCAACCCUGGGUGCCAUCGACAAGAAUACGGAGCCACUCGUUGCCAUCAUUGGCGUUGGCUAUGUUGGCGAGCACCUGGUGAGCGUCUUCUCGAAUAAUUACAACGUUCUUGGGUUCGAUGUAUCGGAGGCCAGGACACAGCAGUUGGUACAAAAGCAGGAGGCUGGCAGCAGAGCGCGAUUCACAUCCAAGGCCAGUGACCUUGCUGAAGCCACUCACUUCCUAAUCUCGGUGCCAACGCUGUUGCUCCCGGACAAGACCAUUGACUCGUCAUACCUACGCAGUGCACUUUCUGCCGUUGGUUUCCAUGCCCGACGAGGUGCGACCGUCGUCGUCGAGAGUUCUGUGGCGGUUGGCAUGACCCGACAGUUGCUUGGGCCGCUCGCCAAAGAGCGCGGGUACUUUGCUGGCAUGUCUCCAGAGCGUGUCGAUCCUGGGCGAUUUGAACCGCCUGCCCAUGCGAUCCCCAAGAUUGUGUCUGGCCUGGACGACGUUGUGCCAGGCUCCCUCGAUGCCAUCAUGCAGCUCUACUCGCAAUGUUUCGAUCAGGUGGUGCCCGUCUCCCGACCCGAGGUUGCUGAGAUGAUGAAGCUGUACGAGAACUGUCAGCGAAUGGUCUGCAUCGCCUAUGCCAACGAGAUGGCCGACGCGUGCCUCGGACACAACAUUGACCCGUUUGAGGUUUGCCGCGCUGCAUCUACCAAGCCCUUUGGCUACAUGCCCUUCUCGCCGGGCCUCGGCGUCGGUGGACACUGCAUCCCCGUCAACCCGUGGUAUCUCCUCUCCAACAGCCCCUUCCCGCUCCUCCAAACGGCGUCGGAGAAGAUGGCAGCGCGUCCUGCUGCUGUUGCCCAGCGUGCCGUCGACCGUUUAUACACAGGGGCACGGAACGGACUGCGGCCGCGGGUGCUCGUCGUUGGCAUCGGUUUCAAGCGCGGACAGUCGCAUCUGGCCAACUCCCCUGGGCUGGAACUGGCCAAGAGCUUGGUGCUGACCAACAAGGUCGACGUCACUUGGGCAGAUCCGUUGGUGAACCAAGAGGCGGUGCCUCAGAUCGCUCGGCUGGCCGACAGUGACUGGACUGUCGAGUCGCUGGAGCAGAAGUUCGACAUGGUCAUCGUCGCAUUCCGCCAGGACGGCCUAGAUUUUGGUGUCCUUGAUCAUGUCCAGGGUGUGCACGUUGAGCGUUGGUGCGUCUAA